AUGAUAUUAAUUGAUAUUGCACAUACUUUAGCUGGUUUAUAUUCUCUUAUUCUUAUUCUUGUUGGUACACCAUUAAAUCUUCUUUGUUUUUAUAUAUAUAAACGUCUUGCACCAAAUCGUUCAAAUUCAACAAUAAUUGUCUUUUCUUAUUUAGCACUUAUUGAAUUAUUAAUACCAUUUACAUGGAAUAUAAAUUAUGUUGUACGAGAAUUAAUAUGGAAAUAUCAAAAAACUAGUUCAUAUAAAAAUUUAGAACAACAUUCAUUAUUUAUAUGUAAAUUAAUAUCCUAUAGUGCAUAUUUUUCUCUUCAAUGUGCUGCAUGGCUUAAAACAUUAGCAACAUUUACACGAUGUGUUUCAUUACAAUCUCAAUGGUCAUUAAAAAAAUGGUUAUCAAAAUCAAUUAUAAUACAUCGUGUUACUUGGAUUCUUAUUUUUCUUAUAGGUCUUAUUAAUUUACCUAUAUGGAUUAUUAAUGGAAAACGUGUUCUAUAUUAUGAUGAAUAUAAUCAAACAAAACAAAGAGUUGAAUGUUAUCAAUCAAGUUUUUUUCAAUUUUGGGAAAUAGCUCAUUUAUUAUUAUAUAAUUUUAUUCCAUUUACAUUAAUGAUUUUAUCUAAUAUAUCAAUAAGUCGUCAAGUUAGAGCAUCUCAUAGACGAACACGAAAAUCAAAAAUAAAUUCACAAUUUAAUAGAGGUAGUGGUCGUUCGAAAUCAAGUGGUGGUGGUGGUGGUCGAUUAACAAAAACAUUAAUAUUAAUAACAAUAUUUUUCAUUAUGUUUACUUCACCUGCUGCUAUAUUUUAUAUUUUUUUUGGAAAAAGGGUUAAAUUACAUAGAAACUUAAUAACAAUGAGUUUGAGCAACUUAGCAACGACAAGUCAUGUCACAUCAUUUAUUAUAUAUUGGUUAACAUCCAGUGAUUUUAGAGACGCAGCUAUGAGCGUUCUCUGUUGUCGUCAACUUGGGGCGCCCCGUCGAUCAUCAGAGGAAAAAAAACAGGAGAAACCCAUUAUCGAUAAACCAAUAUUACUAUCCACAACCCAACCCACUGAUGACAAUAAUCGGAAAUUGCUUUCACUUCAAUCAUCAUCAAUAAAUUCGUGA